UGGCGCUCGCCGGGCCGGCGCGAGGCUGUCGGGCAGCCGGGUUCCGUCGCCGCGCGCUCUCCCUGGCGUCGGGCUCUGCGGGACGCACCGGGAGCGGCCAUGAAGAUCUGGAGCUCGGAGCACGUGUUCGGGCAUCCCUGGGAUACAGUGAUCAAAGCUGCUAUGAGGAAGUACCCCAACCCCAUGAAUCCCUGUGUGGUGGGAGUGGAUGUCCUGGACAGGAGCCUGGAUAACCAGGGGAGGCUGCACAGUCACCGCCUGCUCAGCACGGAGUGGGGACUGCCCAGCAUUGUCAAAGCCAUAUUAGGAACAAGUAGAACUCUGACUUACAUAGAGGAGCAUUCUGUGGUAGAUCCAGUGGAAAAGAAGAUGGAGCUUUGCUCAACUAAUAUUACACUCACAAACUUGGUGUCUGUUGACGAGAGACUGGUUUACACACCUCAUCCAGAAAACCCGGAAAAGACUGUGCUAACCCAAGAAGCAAUUAUUACUGUUAAAGGCAUUAGCUUGAGCAGUUAUCUGGAAAGCUUGAUGGCAAAUACAAUAUCUUCUAAUGCCAGAAAGGGCCGGGAUGCCCUGGAGUGGGUGAUCAGCAAACUAAACACAGAACUGGAAGAGCUGAAGUCCACGCGCGAGGGGAUCAAACCAGCCAUGGCAGCAGCGUCCACGGAAAAAUAAAGCCAAAUCUUUGGGUUCACCAAAUAAAACCAAGUAACUGACAGAAAAGUCUUAUUCUGCAGACUGCUCUGCAGAGCUCCCUCCCAAGGCUGAUCUGAAGAGGAUUUGUCCAUUUGUAAGAAUACUGGAUCAGCGGAAAAGUAACCUCAUCCAUCAUCUCCACGCAGCUCUUGUUGCCUACUGAAGUUUAAACUGACCUCCUGCAGAUGCUCUUUUCAUUUAAACAGUUUAUGUUUAACAUUGGAAAUAAAAUGUUUAGCACAUUCAAAGCAGCCUAAAUGUACCUUUUCAAAUAAAGGUAGAGGGCAUGUUAUAUUUACACCAUCUCAAACUGAAAAGUUUGAAAAAAUGCAUGUGUGGGAUUAAGGGUUUUCUGUGUGAACUUUUGUUCUGUAAAGGGCUGAUAGGUCCUAGAGCACUGAAUUUUGUCUGGUUUGUAAUCUGAUAAUGUCUUAUGGCCAGUUAAAGGGAACUACAUGAGUCAGAACAUGAUACUGUAGAAUCUGAUAUUUAUCUAGAGGAUCAUCUUGAAAGGCUACAUCUUGUGUGGAACUAACUCUUCUUAGGUGCUGCCUGAACAUGACACACAGAUACUUUACCUCUCAGAUGUUUGUAUCCAAACAAAGAUAAAGUUUUUAUUGAUGUUAAUAGCCUAAAAUAGUUUUUCUGGUGGGAAGAAGGGUAUAAUUUAUUUUCUUAUUUAUUAAUUUUUCCUCUUUCCUCCCCUCCCUGUGGGGACAGGGAUUACUUGAAGGUGCUGGAAAAUACUUACUUAUCUCUAAGAAGGGUAUUUGUAGGCUGCUGGAAUGAAGAGACCGUGCUGUUCCACUGGUCCUUGCUCUUCACAUCACUUCUUAACUGAGGGAGAAAUUGAUGCAAUAACCAGAAGAGUUGAAAUGAGAAAUGAGCAGAAAAUUUUAAAUCUAAAUGAUAAGGUUUCAUAAAGAGAAACUUAAUUUCCUGAGUGGAGAAAACAAGAGUACAAGAACCACAAAUGGACUCUCAUUUCUAAAUGCUUUCUGUUAACUACUGACUACCAGUGUAACUGAACCUUUUCAACUCUUUUCCAUGUGGGUGCAAAAUGGUUUUAAAAUCGUUUGAAAUGCUUCUCAUUAUCUGGAAAAAUACUCCAAUAACUGCAGAAACUUUCCUAUUAAAUAUGCAUAAAUAUAUAUUGGUGAUGACUCUA